AUGGCUCUGGCAAGAGCGAAGAGGCUUCCGCCACUCCACCUCUCGUUGAACGUCCCUUCCCGUCCGGCCGUCCAGGAGCCGUCCUUCCGGCACGCCAACCCUCCUCCGGUGGUGGCCGCGCCGCAGUCCGCCUCGACACCGCUCGCCCGGUCGAGCCAAUUCCGCCUCGCCGACUUCGACAGGCUCGCCGUCCUGGGCCGCGGGAACGGCGGCACCGUGUACAAGGUGCGGCACCGCGAGACGUGCGCGCUCUACGCGCUCAAGGUCCUGCACCAGGGCGACGCCGCCGCCGCCGCCGAGGCCGAAAUCCUGGGCCGGACCGCCUCGCCGUUCGUCGUCCGGUGCCACUCUGUCUUGCCGGCGGCCAGCUCCGGCGACGUGGCCCUGCUCCUUGAGCUGGCGGACGGCGGGUCGCUCGACGCGGUCAGGACCCGGCGCGGAGCGUUCGCGGAGGCGGCGCUCGCGGAGGUGGCGGCGCAGGCGCUGUCCGGGCUGGCCUACCUCCACGCCCGCCGCAUCGUGCACCUCGACAUCAAGCCCGCGAACCUCCUCGCCACCACGGCCGGGGAGAUCAAGGUCGCCGACUUCGGCAUCGCCAGGGUGCUCCCCCACGCCGGCGAUCACUGCACGUCGUACGUGGGCACCGCCGCGUACAUGAGCCCGGAGCGCUUCGACCCGGAGGCGCACGGCGGGCACUACGACCCCUGCGCCGCCGACGUGUGGAGCCUCGGGGUCACUGUCCUGGAGCUCCUCAUGGGCCGCUACCCCCUGCUCCCCGCCGGGCAGCAACCGAACUGGGCGGCGCUCAUGUGCGCCAUCUGCUUCGUCGAGCCGCCUGCGCUGCCCGACGGCGCGGCGUCGCCGGAGCUCCGGAGCUUCAUCGCCGCGUGCCUGCACAAAGACUAUUGCAGGAGGGCGACCGUGGCGGAGCUUCUUGCCCACCCGUUCGUCGCCGGGAGGGACGUGCUGGCGUCGAGGUGCGCGCUUAAAGAGCUGGUCGCCGAGGCCUAG